GAAAUUUCUAUACACACACAGCGCAUAGAGUUUGGAUGUGCAUGUACCACACUCUCUCAAACUUGCAGUUGCACCUAAAACGUUGAAUCCGAAUUAGGAACUUUGGUCCAGAGAUUUGGACAUUGUGUUGUACCACAAAGCGCUAUAAUCACAGACUGGUGGAAACGUUUGUUAGUGACAGGACUUAUUGAUCUUUCCCCUAAAAAGUUUUAUUUAUGAGUAACAAGCAGCAGAAACCCGUCCUCACAGGCCAGCGGAUUAGGACCCGGAAACGGGAUGAGAAAGAGAAAUACGAUCCCAAUGGGUUUCGCGAUACAAUUGUGAAAGGUCUCAAUGCAGCUGGGUUUGAUCUGGAACUUGUGUCCAAGUUUCUAGAUACAAGUGGUGGCAAGGUUGACUACAAACGCUACUGGGAGACGCUCUUCGAUAUUCUUUUCGCUGGAGGAAUCUUGGCCCCGGGAGGGACGUUGGUCGAACAUGACGACAAGACAAAGGUUGCUCUCUGUGAGUUCUGUCUCUUCUCGGCGGAGGAGAAUAUCGAGGCUAUUAAGGGGGUGGCCACGGUGUUUCAGAGAUUGACGAGGCGUUACAGGUAUCUGGGAAAGAAACUAGAGGAUGAUCAGAUGAAAAAGAUCCUAUCAUUUCUGAAGUCAUUCUCCCCAUCUGAGCGUAACAAGUUGGCCAUGUUUACGGGACUGUUCCUCAGUACUGGUGAGAAGCCUGCCAACUGCCUGGAGAGUCUCUUCCAGGAGACACUCGUCAAGGAAGGGAUUUCGCUGGAGUUUUGCAAGGUGAUGUUCAAGGCUUGGUUGGAUGAGAAGGACAUGAACAGCGUGGAAAACAUUCUUGUCAAAGCCGCAUUGGAUAGAAGACUCUUGGAGUUUAUACCCAGUACUAAACGAUCUGAAGCUUAUUUUGAGAAAUAUUUUGCAGAUGCUGGAUUGGAUCAGCUCGUUACCUUUCAGCAAAACCUGCAACAUGAUGACAACAAGAACUUCUUCAAGUCUGAGUUGAAGGAACUCAUGCAGAAGGACCCUCCACCUUCAGUCAAAGAUUUGGAGGCAACUGCCAAGGAAAUUAUGGUGAAGACAUCUCUCACUGAACCUGAAGUUAUUAAACUGAUCUGGAGCUGCAUCAUGGGAAUCGUGGAAUGGAAUAAGAAAGAAGAACUCAUUUUGGACCAGGCUCUGCGACACAUUAAGCCCUAUGCACCUCUGUUGGCUGCCUUUAAUACUCAGGGUUCAUCAGAGUUGACUCUCAUCUAUGAAAUACAGGAUUACUGUUACAACAACAUCAGCUUCAUGAAGACUUUCCAGAAACUGAUCGUGCUUCUCUACAAAACCGACGUGUUGUCUGAAGAGCAAGUGUUGAGGUGGAAUCGAGGAACUCACACUGGCAAAGGGAAGAGUGUCUUCUGCAAGCAGAUGAAGCAGUUUGUGGAAUGGUUGGAGAAUGCUGAGGAAGAAUCUGAUGAAGAAGAAGACUAAACUCCUACCUCCAAUCGUAAACUCUGCGCAUCUUUCUAGUUUUCCUGUUGUUAACAUUGUAUGUAUUGGUCAUGGAGAGAGGGUUAAGAACAAUAAGAAUGGUUCAUCAUCUCUUUUUUCAUAGCAUCUGAUGAUAAGGUACAGUAGUCUAGUCUCUGACUUUGAUUAUGCAAUAUUUGAGAAAGAUUAAUAAGUAAUGUAUGAUUAAAAAAACUCUCCCUUUAGUAAUUUUAGUUUUAUCUUGUAGAGGUUUCAUUACAAAUGUAAUGCUUUGAAUGCAUAUGGAGAAAUUUGCAUCAGGAAAAACGGUGGCCUCAAACGUAAAUAAAACUAUUUUAUUUGUGUAUUCUGUUUCAACAUCCGGGUCAUUUUCUGUUUCUUUCGUUAAAACAAGUUCUAAACAUUUGGCCUACCCAGACUUGCAACUUAUUUUUCAUAGGUUUUCAAAGUAGUACAAUUUAUUAACAGUAAAUUUUAGUAGUAAUUACCGACCAGCCUGUUUAAUAUAUUAUGUACUCUGGUUUUUCUUUUAUAAAAUAAAAGUUUAUGAUACUUCCAUAUUUGUAGUAAAAUAAAAAGAAUCACACUUAAAAUUUAGAGGCGAUUUUGAAAGAAGUUUGGAUGAAUGUUACUGUUUUACUUUCAUACAACGUCUCCAGCAAAAUGUUAUGAAACGUUCACCUCUAUAAAGAUAAUAUGUGAUAAUAAUGAAAUUGUUGACUUUAAAUUAAAUUUCCUUUUGUUUUUUUGUUUUUCCUUAAUUUUUUUAAGAUUAAUUUUAUUUUUGUUGAAACCAAUUUUCAUAAACUUACUUUGAUUCCAUUUCGUUAAGUAUAAGUAAGUAUUUCUUGUGGUAUAUUUCAAGUGAUUACAAAAGUAUUUCCUUGGUGAAAUGUGUGGGUUUUAAGAAUUGUUUCUGCACUAACUUUUCACCAAAAACAUCUCUAUUUUUGUGAUUAUUUUAUUGGAAAUCACUGAACCUUUCACUUUAACUCUAUUUUUGGGAGGGGUUCUAAAAUACUUAACAAAUUAAAUGUGCAUACUACCAACUGUUCUUACUUUGUUUAAAUUGAGUCAGGAGAGAAAUAAAUUGCUGGGUUAUGAAAAUGACUUUUGGUGAAUUUGA